CGCUGAGCUCUGCUCCCCGUGCUUGCGAACCCGCGCGCGGGUGCGGGCACCCGCAGCCGGGGUGAGGGGCCGGGGACGUGGCGCGGCUGAGAUCGGGGACCGGGUCCGGCUGGAGCUGCUCCGGCCUUCUGACUUCGGGACACCCAGAUUUCGGGAUUUCUCUCCUGGGCGGGGAGCGCGCCGUAACUUCCUCAUUCCCGCCGGGACCCUAGCUUCCAGCCCAUCUGGCCUGACUUUGAGCCCCGCUGUCACCCGGAUUCCUCCCUUGGACUUACCUCGCCCCAGUUCGAGGCCAUCCCAGCUUGGCUUAGGAUGACUGCAACCCCGGAGAACCUCUUUCCCUAUGGGGACUACCUGAACUCCAGCCAGUUACACAUGGAGCCAGAUGAGGUUGACACUCUGAGGGAAGGAGAGGAUCCAGCUGAUCGAAUGCACCCCUUUCUGGCCAUCUACGACCUUCAGCCUCUGAAAGUGCACCCAUUGGUGUUUGCUCCUGGAGUUCCGGUUACAGCCCAGGUGGUGGGCACCGAAAGAUACACCAGUGGAUCCAAGGUGGGAACCUGUACUCUGUAUUCCGUCCGUCUGACUCAUGGUGACUUUAGCUGGACAACCAAGAAGAAAUUCCGACACUUUCAGGAGCUGCAUCGGGACCUCCAGAGACACAAAGUCUUAAUGAGUCUGCUCCCUCUGGCCCGCUUUGCCGUGGCCUAUUCUCCAGCCAGAGAGGCAGCCAAUGAGGACAUUCCCUCCCUACCCCGAGGAGGUUCUGAGGGCUCCACCAGACACACAGCCAGCAAGCAGAAAUACCUGGAAAAUUACCUAAAUCGCCUCCUGACCAUGUCUUUUUAUCGAAAUUACCAUGCCAUGACGGAAUUUCUAGAAGUCAGUCAACUUUCCUUUAUCCCAGACCUCGGCUCCAAAGGACUGGAAGGGGUGAUCCGGAAGCGCUCAGGCGGACAUCGAGUUCCUGGCUUUACCUGCUGUGGCCGAGACCAAGUUUGUUAUCAGUGGUCCAAGAGGUGGCUGGUGGUGAAGGACUCCUUCCUGCUCUACAUGCGCCUGGAGACCGGCACCAUCUCAUUUGUUCAGCUCUUCGAUGCCGGCUUUGAGGUGCAGGUGGGGAAAAGGAGCACAGAGGCGCGGUAUGGAGUGAGGAUCGACACCUCCCACAGGUCCCUGAUUCUCAAAUGCAGCAGCUACCGGCAGGCACGGUGGUGGGGCCAGGAGAUCACGGAGCUGGCACAGGGUCCAGGCAGAGAUUUUCUUCAGCUCCAUCGGCAUGACAGCUAUGCCCCACCCCGGCCCGGCACCAUGGCCCGGUGGUUUGUGAAUGGGGCAGGUUACUUUGCUGCUGUGGCAGAUGCCAUCCUGCGUGCUCGAGAGGAGAUUUUCAUCACAGACUGGUGGUUGAGUCCUGAGAUUUACCUGAAGCGUCCAGCCCAUUCCGAUGACUGGAGACUAGACAUUAUGCUCAAGAGGAAGGCGGAAGAAGGUGUCCGUGUAUCCAUCCUGCUGUUUAAGGAAGUGGAACUGGCCUUGGGCAUCAACAGUGGCUAUAGCAAGAGGAUUCUGAUGCUGCUGCACCCCAACAUAAAGGUGAUGCGCCACCCACACCUGGUGACACUGUGGGCCCAUCAUGAGAAGCUCCUGGUGGUAGAUCAAGUAGUGGCUUUCUUGGGGGGGCUGGACCUUGCCUAUGGCCGCUGGGAUGAUGUGCAGUACCGACUGACUGACCUUGGGGACCCCUCGGAACCCGCAGCCUCACAGAUUCCCACACCAGGGGCAGACCCUGCAGCCACCCCAGACCUGUCCCACAACCGAUUCUUCUGGCUGGGAAAGGACUACAGCAAUCUCAUCACCAAGGACUGGGUGCAGCUGGACCGGCCUUUUGAAGAUUUUAUUGACAGGGAGACCACACCCAGGAUGCCAUGGAGGGAUGUUGGAGUGGUUGUACACGGUGCAGCUGCCCGGGACCUUGCCCGGCACUUCAUCCAGCGCUGGAACUUCACGAAGACCACCAAGGCCAAGUACAAGAUACCCAUGUACCCCUACCUGCUGCCCAAGUCCACCGGCACAGCAGACCAUCUCCCUUUCACAAUCCCAGGCGGGCAGUGCGCCACCGUGCAGGUCUUGAGGUCUGUGGACCGAUGGUCAGCGGGGACUUUGGAGAACUCCAUCCUCAAUGCCUACCUCCACACCAUCAGAGAGAGCCAGCACUUUCUGUACAUUGAGGUCUGCCUGAGGCAGAAAUGGAGGGAGAGGAUGGGAGGGAUGUCCCAGGAGAGGGACUGGGGCUGCCAGCAGGAUCCGUCUCUGAGGGGUGGCCUGGCUGGGUGCGCAGCAAAUGCAGGACCUGGGACUGGGGCCGGAGUGAGAGGUGUGGGAUGGAGUCCCAGCCGCUCACAGCAGACACCUCUCGCUUCACCGCCCCUCCCCCAUCUCUCUCGUGAACAGUGGGGGACAGCGUGGCAGGAUUACAUGUCCAUCUGUGGGCUUCGCACACAUGGAGAGCUGGGCGGGCACCUGAUUUCUGAGCUCAUCUAUAUCCACAGCAAGCUGCUCAUUGCAGAUGACAGGACGGUCAUCAUCGGUUCUGCGAACAUCAAUGACAGGAGCUUGCUGGGGAAACGGGACAGUGAGCUAGCCAUACUGAUUGAGGAUACAGAAAUGGAGCCAUCCCUCAUGGACGGGGUGGAGUACCAGGCAGGCAGGUUUGCCCUGAGUUUGCGGAAGCACUGUUUCAGUGUGAUUCUUGGGGCAAAUACCCGGCCAGACCUGGAUCUCCGAGACCCUGUCUGUGAUGACUUCUUCCAGCUGUGGCAAGAAACAGCUGAGAACAAUGCCAACAUCUAUGAGCAGAUCUUCCGCUGCCUGCCGUCCAAUGCCACGCGUUCCCUGCGGACUCUCCGGGAGUACGUGGCCGUGGAGCCCUUGGCCACGGUCAGCCCUUCUUUGGCCCAGUCUGAACUCACUCACAUCCAGGGCCACCUAGUUCACUUCCCCCUCAAGUUUCUGGAGGAUGAGUCCUUGUUGCCCCCACUGGGGAGCAAGGAGGGCAUAAUACCUUUAGAAGUGUGGACAUAGCCGAGGCUUCAGCCUGGCAGCAGCCAUAGCCGCCGGGCUCCACUGUGCCUGAUCCUUGCCUCAAACCCCGAGUUCCGAGGGCAGUGGCCCUUGAUCCCCAGAGAGGACAUCUCUGAGGAGUACUGGAGAAUCACAGAGGACCUUUACUUGAGAAGUAACCCAAGGGAGCACUCCCAAGCCAGGCCUGGGGGAGGCAGGAGAGAGUUCUAGAGAGGUUUGUCCUCCCACCACCUAGUUCAGACCACUGCAUAAAAGCCUCUUACUAGGAGGCCUGAGGUCAAACCUUUCACUCCAGGAAAAGGGGCUCCUGUCCUGGGUCCUUCCUCAUCUCACUCUUCCUCCUGCCCUUGAGCCCCCUAUGUGCCCCAGGGCCUCUCCUAGCCCAUUGCUGCCAAGAUAGAGGGAGUAUGGAGCCACUUUUGACUGCAACCCCCGCCAACGGUGGUGGGGACAACACCAGAACGGCCUCCACCCGCCUGCCGACAAACACUAACUUUGUGCCAGUUCAUCAAACAUUUCAUAAAUAAAAGUGUA